ACGUGUAGCACAGUGUCAACAUGGGGAAGAGGAGCCAGAACAAGCAACUUUUCACUAGUUUAUCCAAGAAACAGAAGAAACACUUGAAGGAGUUUGGAGAGGAGCAUCCGUUCCAUGAUGUCAUCAACGAAAAACCUGAACGAACUGAAGUAGUGGAACUGCCAGCCAGCCCUUUGGGAUCUGAUGCUGACCCCGAUGAGCUGGAAGAGGAGGAGGAGGAACCACAGCAGAAAACAGCCUACCAGAAACUUCUGUCAACUCUCAGCCAACAAGAAGAUAACGACCAGAGUGAAGAGGAGGAAAGCUCUGAUCAUGAGGAGGGGGAAGAAGUGCUUAUUGAUGAAGAGGACAGUGAUGGAGCUGGAGACGAGAGCGAGGAUGGUGGUGAAGAAGAGAGAGAGGAAGAAGUCGCAGAUGCAGAUGAGGUUCCGACUGAAGAGGUUGUCGGAGAAGAGAAGGAUCAAGGAGACAAAGAAUUUGUAGAUAAUGAGCAUGAGUCCCAGUUCUGUCUGGAGAACAACUUCCUGGGUGAAGGAGGACAAGAGCAAACGGCAGAGCAGGAAGACAGCAAGGAUGAGAAAGACAUGUUUUUACAGCAUUUACACACAGAGCUCAGUGAAGAAGAUGUGGAGAGGAUAACAUCUGGCAGUAAAACAAAGACUCAGAUCACGUGGCCAAAAUUAGGCACUCUGCUCUGUACCAGUCCCCUGGAGAAGUUUGGACCCCCUGGCCCUCAGAAAGUCACAAACCUCCCAGAUUUCCACAAACUCUUGGAAUCUUCCUGGAAAGAUCUAAACCAGACGUCCGAUUCUAAGAAUGUGGCUGAAGAGAUCAGCCCUUUCCAGCUAGAACUGCUGGCCCUCAUGGGUUCCUACAAGGAUCUAUACUACCCAGAGACCUGUCAUGUGAAUAAGCACCCUCAGGUGCGCAGUGCAUACUGUCUACAUGUGCUCAACCAUGUACUGAAGGCCAACUCCCAGGUCCUUGCUCACAAUGCUCAGUUAAGAGAGCCAAAGACUCGGGCUAAACCCGGAGCUGAGCCACAGGACGAACCCAGGGACCAAGGUCUGACCCGGCCCAAGGUGCUGAUUCUGGUGCCGUUCCGAAGCGGAGCUCUGCAAGUAGUCCAGACGUUCAUCAGUCUGCUGGAAACCAAAGGCAAGAAGAUCGUGAUCAGCAAUAAGAAGAGGUUCAAAGAAGAGUUUGGGGAGGAUGCAGAUGAAGAGCCGCCCAAAACGCAGAGACCGGAUGACUACCGCGCCAUCUUCUCAGGCAAUGUUGACGAUCACUUCAGGAUAGGUGUCUCCAUUAUAAGGAGCAGUGUGCGGCUAUACGCCCCCUUCUACUCGUCAGACAUCAUCAUUACGUCUCCCCUGGGCCUGCGAACAGUGCUGGGAGCAGAGGGAGAAAGUCAGAGAGACUUCGACUUCCUCUCCUCCAUUGAGAUGCUGGUGAUGGACCAGGCAGACGUCUUCCUCAUGCAGAACUGGGAGCACAUCCUGCAUGUGAUGAAGCACAUGAACCUUCAGCCGCUGGACUCCCACGACGUGGACUUCUCCAGGGUGAGAAUGUGGAGCCUGAACAACUGGUCCAAACACUACAGGCAGACCCUGGUGUUCAGCUCCAUCCACGAGCCGCAGAUCAACAACAUCCUGACCAAACACUGCUCAAACUACCGGGGACAGAUUGUCACUAAGAACAUGCCCAAAACAGGUUCCAUCUGUCAGGUGAUGGUUCAGCUGCCACAUGUGUUUCAAAAGUUCCCCUCCGAAAGCUUCAUGGACCACGAUGCUCGAUUUCAGUUCUUUUUAGACAAAGUGCUGCCUCAGUACAGGGACUCAGUUAUGUCCCACACUCUGAUCUACAUCCCCUCUUACUUCGACUAUGUCCGCCUGCGUAACUACAUGAAGAAAGAGGAGAUCAACUUUGCCAGCAUCUGCGAGUACACCACCAAAUCAGAGAUGUCCCGAGCCAGGCACUUCUUCCAGACCGGGGAGAGACAGUUUGUGCUCUUCACUGAGCGCUUCCACUUCUACAAGAGGUACACUAUCAAAGGGAUCCGCAACCUCAUAUUCUAUGGAUUGCCCUCCUUCCCCCAUUUCUACAGCGAGGUGUGUAACAUGCUGGCAUCGGACGUCCAGGGAGAAGCGAGCAGCUGGACCUGCACCGCCCUCUACUCGCGGUACGACGCCCACAAACUGGCUGCGAUCAGCGGGGCGCAGCGAGCCGGACAGAUGCUGCACUCCAACAAGACUGUUCACCUCUUUGUUACAGGAGGGGAAGAUAAAGCCUGCUGAUGGAGCCAGACAGAUAAAAGAGGGACCACCAGGCUAAAACCACAGUACAUUUCGACUGUAGGUGUUAAAUCUUAUCAGGUCUAUACCAUUAUACCAGGGCUCUGUUCAUAUCUGGUAUCAAAAUGUGUCUGCUUUCAGACAGUCACUGAACUGUGAAAGACAAACUUUGGAGAACGUCCGGACCCAAAUCUCCGGUGUUCUUAAUAAAAGUAAAUAAUUUCUGUUUACAAAGACCAACUCUUGUCUUUACCUGGUCAGAGUCAGCAAUGCACCUCUCAUGCUGAGUCUGCUGGAAUGGAAGAGAAGAAGAAGACGUCAAAAACAGUACACAGUGGGAUUCUUCCAUGGCGUUUUCCAGUGAAACCAAAUCACUCCAAAUUCUUGUGUUCGUGUGUGCCCUCAUAAUUGAUGUCUAUAGGCUUCCACAAUUUUCAGAUGACAGUUUGCACCAUUUGUGCAACUUGUGUUGUGACCACAUGUGGUUCAGACCACCUCAGAAUGUGGUUUGACUAAUUGGAUGUCAGCACGUCCUCGAUGCGUCGUGGGUGGAUUCACACUUGUAAUUAGAGCUAGCCCCAUGUUAUUUAAUUCCCAGGUUUGAACACUGCCUGUAACGACCGUAGAUCAGGUGUUGACGUCAGGUCUGUUUUAGAGGUUUGCUGUGUGAGGCAUAACUGGAUCAGUCCCUGAGAAGAUUUCCUCUUUUGACAUGAACUCUCACACACAUAAGGAAAAAAAAACACGCUGAACACUUUGUAGCUGGAAACUGUCAUUAAGUUACAAAGUGACAAGAUCAUAAAACUGGUGGUUUGUAAAUCAGGUUGUAGGUGAAUCGCUGUGAUAAACACCGUUAGCUAUUUGGAUGUGUUUUCAGAUUCACCAUAUAGAAUAAAUAUGUGACUGUUCAUAUAUAAUGUAAAAUAUGUAAUGUCUUUUAUUACAUAAGUGUUUUGUAACAAUAGCUGUCCCUGCUGAAAUAAUGAUCAGUCUGUUUUCAUGGUCGUUACUAUGAAGGCAAACUCAAUAUAAAACUGCUUGAAAUGA